UCUGGGACUGUCCUUCCAUACAGCGGUUGAAACAUUGUAUGUAUUUGUUUCCAUAAAUGGAUCCAUUUAUGGAAACAAAUACAUACAAUGUUUCAACCGCUGUAUGGAAGGACAGUCCCAGAACUGUCAUAAAUAGUCUAUUUCUGACAGUUCUGGGACAUUCACUCCAUACAGCUGUUUCAACCGCUGUAUGGAGGGAAUGUCAUAGAACUGUCAGAAAUAGACUAUUAAUGACAGUUCUGGGACUGUCCUUCCUGUCACAGAACUGUCCUUCUCAUCUUCAUCCUUCUCCUUCUUCUCAUCCUUCUUCUCAUCCUUCU